AUGUCGUUAUAUGUGACGGUGGAACCAACAGAAGAUAUACUGCAAGACAACAAAAACCUGACAGGGUACUUAAUAGAUACGGCAGGAAAUCGUUUGGAAAGUUUCGAAUUGCAGCAAGGACGAGAGUUCUAUAACAACUCGUAUUAUGGUUUGGUUCAAGUGAAAUACGAUGCAUUUCAAAUAAUGUAUGUCGGCUACAGUGGAGAUGGACAGACAAUUCAGCGUGUACAGCCUCGAGUGAUUAGGCCACAACAAUUUGAACUUGAAGCAUCUGUACAGAACAACAGUUUGACUUUAAUACCAAACGAGACAACGUCAAUUAUUGUAGUCUUGAAAAAUUACGGUUCGGAGAAUAACUCUUUCUCAAUUAUGGUGUCGGAUGAUAAAUCAUUUGUUGCUUCAUAUUCACCCAAGAAUGUCUCUGUGGGAAACAAUGAUUCAGUCGAAAUCGAAAUUGAUCUUCUUGCUCCAUCAAAUACAACAGAUGGUACAACUACAUCAGUAUCAGUUUCGGCUUCACUCCAGUCCGCAUCAGCACUUGACUUUGCAAAUUUCCUCUCAUUUGAAGUUUCAGUUUUCUCGAAGGUGAUGUAUGACCUUUGUCCUUGCAACAAUUAUUUGGUGUCUUUACAUCUUACACUUAUUUCAUUUCGUUUCGUUUCGUUUCGUUUCGUUUCAUUUCAUUUCAUUUCAUUCCAUUUCAUUUCAUUUCAUUUCAUUUUAUUUCAUUUCAUUUCAUUUCAUUUCAUUUCAUUUCAUUUCGUUUUAUUUUAUUUUAUUUUAUUUUAUUUUAUUUUAUUUUAUUUUAUUUUAUUUUAUUUUAUUUAUUUUAUUUUAUUUUAUUCUAUUUUUUAUUUUUUUAUUUAAACAUAUUUUAUUACAGACAUUUUCUCCAAGAGCAUAGCUCAUCGAGGGAAAUUAUGUCGGAUUAUUUACAAACUUUAGGUUAUUCACAUCAAGACAAAGAGGAUUACAUAAAAAAAAGAUUACAUCAAAACAAAUCGAAUAAUCAUAGUGUGGAAGAACUUCUGGUAUUCAUUCUCAAGCUUUCCAUGAAACAUAUUAUUAUAAGAAAUUUAUAUGGAAGAAUUUACCACACCAAUGUUUUUACAGACCAAUGUUUUACAAAACAAGUUUCAAUAAAAAAAAAAGAAAAAAAGUUACUCGGCCUGAAACCGUUUUGUAUUUAAAAUAAAUAAUUGGACAUUUUGCAUUAAUUUUACAUUAUCUUCAUGUCCAAGAUUUUCCGACCCAUGCAAAAGUAUUUCAAUUUUCCGAUUCUCUGAUAAAUUCAUCCACAUAGGAUGGAGCAGCCGCGCAGGAAGUGAGAGCAAUUGUUCACGUUGGGCAGCAAAUCGAGAACAAUAUAAAAAGUAAUGUUUGACAGUUUCCAUUUCACCCCAUCGACAUACACAAAAGGGGGAAUUUGCACAAUUAAUUCUAUAUAGGUGAAAAUUAAGCGCACAGUGACCAAGCCUGAGCCUGGUAUGGAGUAUUGAGCUAUAUCUACUUAGUGAUGCAUUGUAUUUUACGUUAUAUUUUUGUCCACAAUAUAUAUUACAUAAGGUAACUUUAAAGGAAGAUUUUAUUUUAUUUUAUUUUAUUUUAUUUUAUUUUAUCUUGUCUUUGCUCCCUCUUGUUUUACGUCGUAAGACUCAUAGACGCAUUCAUGUCUGUUUCAUGCUUAUCUAUCAUAUUUUUUCUUUACAGGAGUUUCAAUUUGUAAACGAAUCUGAGGUCACAUCAAGACUUAACAUAUCAAGCUUCCUUACACUUCCGGAGGAUGAAACAGGUAAAAAUGUGAAAACACCCUUAGAACAAAAAUAUUUGUUUGCGUAUGGCAAAUAAAAAUAUUUGUUUUAAAUUUUUCAAAAUAUCGGAUUUUUGCUGACCUACAUCAAUGCAGACCGAUUGAUAAAGAGUUCUAGGAUGGCUUAA